CCCGAGGCCAAAUUAUAAGUACAUCACAAUAUUCUUGAACCUCGACUCUGCCGAUUUCAGAGCUUUCCUCUCCCAGAUGGAGCCAAUGAUGAGGAUUUUGACAAUCGCCCUGGCUGGUCUAGUUCUCGUUCAUGAGAGCAUAAGUGAGCCUCACAGCACGAAUAAAGGCCUGGGUGCAACGUUCAAAAUUGCCAAAUCAGAAACACUCCCUGAGAAACUGAAGCAAUAUCUUGGACCAGCAGCGGAGAAAGACAUCAUGGUGAAAAUGAACGACAUAAAGUGGCCACAAAGUGUUCCGAAAGAAUUCGAUCUUCGGAAAGAGCACCCAGAAUGCGCUGAUCUAUUCAGCGAAGCUCAGGAUGAAGGUGCAUGUGACACAGAUGCGCCGGCGAUUGUCUCCUCCAUUCUCGCGGACAAGUAUUGCAUCCAGACAGGAGGCAAAAAGAAGGAGCAAUUUUCUGCCGACUUCCUCGUGCGAUGCGCUGAAAAGUGCAGGGAAACAGCGUGGAUUGCGAUGUCCUGGAUCUGGGCCUGGAAUUAUGGAGUGCCCACCGGUGGAGAUUACAACUCGGAUAUUGGAUGCCAGCCAUAUUCUUACAAGCCAUGCAAGCACACGCUUGAAAAAUACAUCGCCAAAAAGAAGAGAGUCAUGAGCAGCACGUCGGACGUCGAAAGGAAAGACGGAUUGGAGGAAUGCAGGCACGCAUACUCUAAAGUGAAGCAGAACAAAUGCACUGCAAAGUGCACCAACACCAAUUACGAAUACAAAGACAUGAAAAACCGCACUGUUCGAUUCCAGGAUUGGUACUUCCUACCGGAAAACGACGAAGAGGCAAUGAAGAAAGAGAUAAUAGCACGUGGAUCCAUUGCUGUAGGCUUCACAUUGUACGAUGAUUUCUUCAAGUACAAAAAAGGAAUUUACCGAGUCUCCAAGGGUGCAGAGGAGGCCGCCACGUGGAAGCACGCAAAAGUGAUCGGUUGGGGAGAGGAGAAAGGCCAAAAAUACUGGCUGGCAGUAAAUACCUGGUCCAACUUCAAUGGUGGGAACAAAAUCAUCAAGUUCGGAAUAGAUCAAGCCAACAUCCAAGAGUACGUUACUUCAGGACAUCUUUUCGAAGAUGUUCACCCCGAUGAUGAAAAUGACGAUUCUCAAGAGGAAUAUCCAGCGCGCGUUUAAGGACUGAGUCGUUGAGAGAACAGAUCGUCACGAGCUAAAAUACGCAUCAUAUUAGAUUAUAGCAUUCGAUGAAGUAUUGUAGUAAUCCACAACUAGCUUUGUUCACGGUAUAAAACGUGUAAUAAUAAAAUUUUACAUUGUAA